AUGGCCCUGCUAGCGGCGCACGCUGACAUCCUCGCGUGCGUCCUCGGCCAUCUCGCGCCGCGCAGCCUCGCCGUGUCCCGCAGUGUCUGCAAAGGCUGGCGCGCCAUUGUCGACGACUACCGCCUGCUGCGGACGGACCUCCUCCCGCUCUCGCUCCACGGUAUCUUCUUCAUGGAGGAGCUCUGUCCAGACCCACCAAAGCUCUUCGCAAACCCACUCACAAAGCACAGAAUUGACGACGCAAGCCUUGGUUAUGUCAAGAACGACGAGGGUUCAUUUAUCGAGAAUCACUGCAACGGGCUUCUCUUGCUUUGGAACCACCUCGUGGUUAAUCCGGCGACUCGUCAAUGGGUGCGUUUGCCUCCGCCCCCGCCUAGGUGCACAGGGAUGGAGGACUUUCGCAACGACGUGUGCCUUGUUUAUGACCCCACCGUGUCGCCGCACUACGAUGUGCUUCUUCUUCCUUGUGUCUCCUACGGUCUUCUUGAUUGCGCAACAACAAUAUUCACGGAGGAAUCGGAGUGGCCGCCCUUGGCCUACCCAAUACAAGUCUUCUCUUCAAGGACAUGGAGAUGGGAGGAGAGGUCGUUGGCCCGGAGAGGAGAGGCUGCAGGGACCAUCGCUGACAUGGAUCCAUAUAGGGAUUAUGAACACCGUUAUGCCGUCUACUGGAAAGGAGCGAUCUAUGUGCAUUGUCAAAAUGACUCCAUUUUACGCAUAACCUUAACGGAUGGUUCGUAUGAAGUGAUUAAAUCGCCAACAGGAAGUAAAAUGGAAGAUUCCACCAAUCUUUAUCUAGGGAAAUCAAAGAAGGGGGUGUACUGCACUUUGAUUUAUAAUGAUACCUGGGGGGGACUUCAGAUUUGGUUGCUUACUGAAUCAUGUGGUAAGUGUGAGUGGGUGCUAAAGAAUGGCAUCAACUUCGCGGCAGCGGUGGCAAAAUUUUCUUGGUUUUCUCGUGAUGAAAACCAAGGACUGUGGAUCCUACAGAAAGGUGAUUGUGAUGAAAAUGUUAAGGAAGCACCAGUGCAAGAUAACUAUGAAUGGGACUUCGACAAUGGUAUUAUCCUUGCGGCUGAAGAUAAGGUUGAAUCUGACGAUAUGAAUUUGGGAAUGCUUCACUUCCUUGAAUUUCAUCCAUACAAAGAGAUUAUCUUCCUGCGGACACAAGCGAGGGUAGUUGCUUAUGAUUUUAGUAGAUUGAAAGUACAAGACUUGGGCCAGUUACCUGUCCAGUGUGUAGGAAGUGUUUUCCCCUACACACCAUGUUGGACGGGAGAUAUAUUUGAAAAGAAUUAA